UCACGUAUUUCCCAAGUAUGCUAAAAGCGGAUGUUUUCCACUCGGUGCCCUUACUUCCGGGUAUCUUAGCUAACUAGCUAGCUGUCCAGACCGACAAACUGACUUAACUUGUGACAAUGACAGCACUAGCAUAGUUGACUGAGCUGGCUGAAAAUGAGGAGCAUUCUUUUAAUUGCCUUGCUGGCUCCUUGUUGGGUCAACAGUGCAAUUAAAUCAAGAGUUAUUACGGAAGAGAAUCACGAAGAAAACCCCGAGUUCGAUGCUCUGAACUCCAUCCUGUCAGAUUUUGAGGUGCUCCCAUUGUCAGGCCUCCAGCUGCACUCUGUAAGGAAGAGGGACGUCCACACCCAGUCUCACCUGGAGCGCCUAGUGAGCUUUAGGGCCCUGCACAGAAAUUUCAAGCUUUACUUGACCACCAACACAGACCUUUUCACUGACAACUUUAAAGCGGUGUUUGUUGAUAAACAUGGAAGUGAGGAAAACUACGAUGUUCAUCUUCAGAACUAUUUCACUGGACAUGUUGUAGGAGAGGAGAAUUCACGUGUGCAGGCACACAUAGAAGGAGAUGAGUUUUCUGCUCACAUUCUAACUGAUGCAGCAGAGUACAACGUAGAGCCCCUGUGGAGGUUUACAGAUUCCCCAGCUGAUGGCAGGUUGCUGGUUUAUCGCUCAGAUGACAUCAGGAAUCUGAGCCGCAUUGUCUCUCCAAAAGUGUGUGGUUACAUCCACGCAGAGGCUAAGGAGCUGCUGCCAGAGACUGCCAGGGAUUUGGAUGGGCAGGAGGAGGUGGACCAAGAAAAGGGGUCCCACCACAGAGAAAAGAGACAGGCUCACAAUCACAAGAAGAAUACCUGCCCCCUGUUGCUAGUUGCAGAUUACCGCUUCUUUAAACACAUGGGCCGCGGACAAGAGAGCGUCACUCUCAACUACCUGAUUGAGCUGAUUGAUCGAGUUGAUGACAUUUAUAGGAACACAACCUGGGAUGAUGAAUUCAAAGGCUAUGGGGUCCAGAUCCAUCAGAUUAUCAUAAACAAGGAGCCUACAAAGCCUCCCCCUGGCCAAGCUGGCACCGGCUGGGUCCACUAUAACAUGGAAAACAGCCCUGUGAGUGGAAAGGCGGUCUGGGAUGUAAAGAGACUUCUGGAGCAAUUCAGCUCAGACAUAGCUGACAACGCCUCCACUGUAUGUCUGGCCCACCUGUUCACCUACCAGGAUUUCGACGAGGGCACCCUAGGGCUGGCGUACGUGGCCCCCUCCAAACCUCAGGCACUGGGCGGCCUCUGCCCAAAACCAUACUACCCAUCUCACUCUGUAAAGAAGCCCAGUUACCUCAACACAGGCCUGACCAGCACCAAGAACUAUGGCAAAACCAUCCUAACAAAGGAGGCAGAUUUGGUAACAACUCAUGAGCUGGGCCAUAACUUUGGAGCAGAGCACGAUCCUGACAACAUCGCUUACUGUGCUCCCAGUGACGACCAGGGCGGGAAGUUUGUCAUGUACCCUAUAGCUGUGAGCGGAGACCAUAUCAACAACAAGCGCUUCUCCAACUGCAGCAAGAUCUCCGUAGGAAAGACGUUACGUUUCAAGGCUCCCGUGUGUUUCAAGGAGAGGAACAGUAAGGUGUGUGGGAACUCCAGAGUGGAGGAUGGAGAGGAGUGCGACCCCGGGCUACUCCACCUCAACGAAGACCCCUGCUGCUCAGCCAACUGCAAAUUCAAAGGCGGUGCACAGUGCAGCGACAGAAACAGCCCUUGUUGUAGGAAUUGCAAGUUUGAGCUCGCAAGAACGAGGUGCCAGGAACCCAUUAAUGCUACCUGUAAAGGCAUAUCCUCCUGCACAGGCAACAGCAGUCAGUGUCCACCCCCUGAAAACGCUGCUGACGACACUGUGUGUGUGGACAACGGCCGGUGUCUCAAUGGAGAAUGCAACCCUUUCUGCGAGGCCAUGCAGAAACUCAAGUCCUGUGCUUGCAAUGAGACGGAGAACUCCUGUAAAGUGUGCUGCAGGGGAAAAGGUGGCGCCUGCUCUCCCUUCAUCCAGACCAAUGGCAGUUUUCUUUUCCUUCGCAAAGGAAAACCCUGCACUGUGGGCUUCUGUGACGGGAACGGAAAGUGCAUGAAACAGGUGCAGGAUGUGAUCGAGAGGCUGUGGGAUUUUAUCGACAAGCUGGACAUUAACACAUUUGGGAAGUUUCUGACUGAUAACAUAGUGGGCUCUGUCGUGGUGUUUUCACUUGUCUUCUGGAUUCCUCUCAGUAUCCUGGUUCACUGUGUGGACAAACGACUUGACCAGCAGUAUGAGGAGAACACAAAGUCCUUCUAUUACCCUCCAAGCAGUCAAGAAAUGCUGAGCAACCUCGAGUCGGCGGCGGUGCGCAUCGUCAAGCCUCCUCAGCCUCUCUCAUCCUCCGUCGGCCGGACCGCGCCCUUCUCCCUGCCCCCUCAGCAGCAGAGCCAGGUCACUGCCUCUCUCGCGUCCAGCACCAGUACCCAGGCCCCCGACCCGAGCUACGGCGCCACCCAGGACAGCGCAGGGGGGCCGCGGAUGGACACCAUCCAGGAGGACACCAGCAGCGACUCUCACCUGGGAGAGGAGUGCCUGUCGGACGAUUUCACAACCGCAGGAGCCUGCUCGUCGGCUACGAAAUCCUCCUACGAGGAUCUGACAGAGCAGAACCCCGCAGCCAGGGACCGGCGGCGCCUCAAGAGGCAGGAAUGCUUUGAGGCGGACACAAAAGAGACGGAGUGCUGAGAUGAAAUCACCAGUACUUUUUGUUUAAAAGCAAAAUAUUGCAACACAUACCUGAUGUGUGUUUAAGGGAACAUGCAAAUAACAUGCAGCUUCAAAACAAAUUUUAAAAUCCCAAAUCAGACGGCAAUUGUUCAAAGGUAAUGGCAUACGUGUUUUGCAGGUCAGAUUUGGUGUUAAACCGAACGAAGAACAGCAUGAGAUGUGGAUAUUAUUCAGUCAGCUUCAACUUGAAUUGAACCACCACACAGAUUAUACAUGAGAAGUCACUAUAAGAAGUAAGUAGUUACUGGUGAAGUCAUGUUUUUGUGGGUAAAUGGUUUCUGAAUAUGCAUUAUGAAAACAUGUAUACAAAAAAAAAAACUGACACAUAGAUCCCAAAGCUCUAUCCAAUUUGGCCAGUGUGUCUUGUAAAAAAAAAAAAAAAAAAAAAAAAACCUAAGCUAUGAUUGUGGAUUAUAACUUGAAAAAAAAAGUUAACAGCUUCAGCCUGGCCUUUUCUCUCCUAAAUGCUCGUUCAAAGUACUGUCUUCAUAGCACAACAGUUUAACAGUCAAAUUAUGUGAUAUAUUAUUAAUUCUGUAGUUAUUUUACCAUAAAAAGAAAACAUUUUAGUGUGAUCUAUUAAACAACAAACGUUGACUUAAACUGAGUUUUAUCACUUGAAGUAUUUUUCACAUCACUGGAGCAUUGAAAUGCGUUUUUUACAUGUUCUUAAUGUGCUGUGUGUCAUUAAUAGUUUCUUUUUUUUUUUUUUAUUGUAUGUUUGUAUAAUGUUUUGACACCUUUGUACUUAUGAUGCAACAUUUUAAUACUGAGCAGGGACAAGUGGUCUAUUCAGUAUUUCAUUUAUUUGUCCAGCUGUUGAAACUUUAAGAGGUUCUAUCGUGUGUAUGAAACAUGGUGCCUUUUCUGAUUUAGUGCCUAACCGUUCUGAGUCAACUUUGAUUUCUGUGCAAAACUUCCAAUAGUUGAACAUGAAUCUGGACAAUCUGAAAAUUAAUUUAAAAAAACUUCCAGAGGUGCUCAAAUGUUAUUUUUACGCUUUGUUUUCUGUCCUUGUGCCAAUAUGACUUGUGCACCUCACUGUUAUUAUAUGCUGUCUCACCACUGUUGCCUGCUGUGUCACAUGUUAAAAUUGUAAAAUAUGUAUUUAACUGUAGGUCAAGAAAAAAACUAGACCGUGUAGCUAACAGUGACUACCGGGUUGAUGUAAACGGUUACACAAUGAGCAGAUGUCUUGUGUCAUAUUCUGAUUGUGUUUAUUCUUAAUGUUUCUCUUUUUUUUAAGUUCCUCACUUGCAUUACCUACACACAUCUCAAAAUAAAAAAAAUCUUUAUUGUGCAUUUUAAA